AUAAUAACUGUUUGCUCUCACCAUAUAGGGGGCAAGUAGGGGGCGCUAAAUUCAAGAUGGACGCGCCCUGCGUCUAUGUGAGCCGGGGUUCUCGCGGUCAUCAUGGUGAGGUGAUGCCGGUGAUACGAUAUUUCUCUACGUUAUCCGUUCUCGCGGACGUUUUAAGUUUGUUGUUUUAAUUAAUAUAUGUAGCUUUAGCACCUAUAGAUUGCAUUUCUCGCGACUUUCUGUAUGCCACGUGAGCUGCAUUAGUCGUUUGUGUCUACGUUGUUCUUGGGGACUUCGCAGCUCGGCGGACCAUGUCCACGACUGAACUUCAGGAGGAGGAAGUAGAGGUACUGUUGUCGAUCUAUGAUGGCGACGAGAAUUUCAGGAAGUUGUCCCCAACGGUGUUCCAGUACAAGAUCGGUGAACAAGGAAGCCCGAAAUCGUUUCUGUUCGAAGUAUCGUGGCCCGAGCGAUACCCGAACGAAAUGCCAAAUUUUAACUUGGAGACGUUUUACAACAAACAUCUAGCUCAGGAUGUGAAAGACGCCAUUGUGACCGCACUAAAGGAACAAGCUGAACUUGAACUGGGUACCCCCAUGACCUACACUCUCCUUGAGUGGGCCAAGGAACAUGCGGACGAGCUGACCGAGAGGCAACCUGAGCAACCCGCGCCCGUCGACAGGCCCAUGGAAGUUGACAGGCCAAAGGAACCAGAAGCAGUAGCCAAGAAGGAGGUCAAGCAGCCCAAGCUGAGUAAAAGCCAAAAGCGGAAACUGGCAGGGAGGUUACUCCCCACCGGAGAGCUCCCGCGAGGUCACGACUGGGUCGACGUGGUUAAGCACCUCUCACAAACUGGGACGGCAGCAACGUGACACUAGCGUGCCAAGUGUACUCGCAGGGGGGUGAUCCUCCACCACCAGCUGGAAGCAAAAUCCGAAACUCUUCCAAUCACUUUCAUGUUAAUAUUGCGAAAGAAAUCACAACCUUUGGACGACUACAAUGUCAUUUCCUCUGUUUCCUGCCUCUGGCCUGUAUUGAACUUGGCUUGUUCAUGAUCUAGUGACAGGAAGAAUGUGUGGGAAAAUAAAAAGAAAUAUAUUUAUUUGUGGCAAC